AUGGCCGUCUUCACAUAUCUCGAAUUAAAGAAGCAGAGUGUGUCUCAAAUAUUUUAUCGUCAUGCGAAGUUUUGCGCAACUCACCAGGUUUACGUUAUAGUAACGGCAAUUUUUAUAGUUUUGCCUUUAUGUUAUCCUGCCCUCAAUGCUUAUUAUCUAAAUCCUGUUAGUGACGUUCCAACUUUUUAUUGGGAAUUGCCUUCAUCUCGUGUACCAAUUUCAAAAUCUAGCUUUCAACAAAAAUGCGGUUCUCAACCUUCUUUACACGUAGAAAGUAUUAUAAUUAAAUCUGAUGGUUUUAGAGAUAACAAUAACUAUCAACCUACUGAUGGAACAAAUGUUUUGGAAAAAAAUUUGUUUCUGUGGACACUUCAAUUGCAAGAAAGACUUUCAAAUACUGUAGUAAUAUAUCCACCGAAUAAAACUUCACCACUUAUUUCACGUCAAGAACCUGAAAAAUAUACUCUUUCUAGUUUAUGUUUUAAACCAAACGGUGAAAGUCGUUGCUUAGUUCAUUCGCCUAUUGAAUUUUGGAACUACGACGCAGAGUUACUUUUGAAUGAUAGUGAUAUUUCAAAAACUCUUUCAGAAGCAAACGAAGUUUCUUCAUUUAAGAUACCCAUUCCCUUGGAAUCCGUUUUUGGCAACCCUGUAUAUGAUAAAUCAACUGGAAGAAUUGUUAGCGCAGAUUCAAUUAUUUUAACUUACUAUUUAGAUGGUAUGGGCGAAUGUGCUGAAGAUCAAACUUUAGCUAUUUGGGAUACACUUUGGAAUCAAGUGAUGGAUGCAAAUGAUACUUGUCACAUCGUUGGUGAACGCAUUAAAGCUUUCGAUGUAGAUUUUAAAGAUACCUCAACCCACAUAGUAUUUGACUUUAAUCGCAAUACGGAGUUUCCGGCUGAAUUCAUCAUUCUCGCUUUUGAAUAUUUAGUUGUAUUUCUUUACAUUUCACUUUCUCUUGGACGACUUAAUUCUGUAAAGUCAAAAUUUGGUUUGGCAUUUUCAACUGUGGUCCAAGUAUUUGUCUCUUUGGUCAUCUCACUUAGCGUUUGUUCUCUUUUUGGUGUCACAUUAACACUUGUGUCAUGGAAGUUGUUGCCCUUUGUUCUUGUAAUUGUUGGCGUUGAGAACAUGUUUGUUUUGACUAAUGCCGUUACCUCAACUUCAAUGGAGUUAGAUGUUAAAGAGCGUGUUGGAAAAGGUCUUGAAAAAGUUGGAGUCUCAAUGACAAAAGCUUUAUUUUCUGGAAUUUUCUUGGUGGCGGUGAUUUGUUCGGUGACAAAUAUUAAUUCUGUUCAAGAAUUUUGUAUUUUCACAUCUGUUGCAAUGAUUAUUGAUUAUUUUCUUCAGAUGUCAUUUUUCAUCACCACAUUAUCUAUCGAUCUUCGAAGAUUAGAGAUUUCUGAUUUAUAUAAUCGAAGAGUUAGUACACCGCUGACACCUACUAAGACUCUUAAAACCCCGACUAGUUUAUAUCAGGAAAAUGGAGAUUUGACAAGUAUUUUAUCUUCAAUUAAAAAUAUUAUUAGCGGUUCAAAUCAAAGUGCUGCCGAAAACAUCAUUACCACGAAUACUUUUUAUGAAACUUCGACUGCUGUUUAUGCUGAGGCUUUCUGGAAUGUUGUAAAUCCGAAAAGAAUUAAUCGGUAUUUUGAAAUAAGAAAUCCAAGAAAAUUAACACUUUUGUGGACAUUGGAACAACUAAAUAAUCUAGUUGAGUCAACAAAAUCAACAGAAUCAACGGAAUUAUUAGGAUUAAAAUUAUUUAUUAGAUCAAUGAUCAAACAUUUUAUUUUCGCUUUGAAGUUUAUCAUCCUUCCUGCGCUUGGAAUUUAUCAUGCGACUUCAGCCUUGGUGCGGUGUUUGGUCUCUUCGGAUCAAAUUGAAAAAGGCGAAACUUUUAAUGGUGGUAGUUUCGCUAACAAGGUAGCUUCGUUGACUUCCCUUAUCAAUUAUCGAGUUGUUACUCUGCGCGGACGUCAUUCUGCCGAUGUUAGCUUGCUUUGUGCUAACCCUAAUGGUAUGAUUAUUUCAACUGCUACGGAUAAACAUAUCACUUCAUGGGAUGGAAAACAAGGCGUUUCAAUGAAAAAGCUUGAGAGGUAUAUGCGUAAAUGCGACUCAUGUAAGUGUGGUGUCACCGGAGGAAUGAAGAAAUGUAUAUCAUGGCCAGUUAGAGCUAUGUGUAUGAGUGAAAAGGUUGAACUUGCUGCUGCUGGAUUUGAAGAUGGUGUUGUGAGAGUUUGGGAUAUUAAUUCUGGACAGGCUACGUAUAUUUUAAAGGACACUGUUGAAGAUGUAGAAUCAGUUAUGUCUGCAGUGAGCGGACAUACAGCGAAAGAACGAGUUACCUGUUUACAAUUUGUCGUUCCAACUUCUUCAUCUUCAAUACCUACGACACCUACCUACGAGCAAAAUUAUAUGAAUUUAACGACCAGACCAAUAUCAAUCCAGCAAGCCCCGGCUAUUCUACUUGCCACUUAUCGUAAUGGAUAUUUUCGGGAGUGGGAUCUAUUUUCGGGACAGAUUGUUCAUACAAUAUCUACUAAUCAGAAAGGUGGUAUAAGUCAACUUUGUGUAGUAGAUGAUGGUGAAUUAGACUAUAAUCAAGAGGACUUGUAUAUUUUCACGGGUGCACGUGAUGGAUCUGUUAAAUGUUGGGUUCGAAAAGUUUAUUAUUCCGAGAAUGAAUCGACAAUUACUACUGAUCCUUAUGGACUUCUCAAAAGUCGAUGGAAGUCAAUUUACACAAUACCCGGUGAAACAGGAAAUGCUAUAACGUGUAUAGCUACUAAGGUGGUAAAAACUGUGAAUAAUACUUAUGGGGUGGUCAUUACGGGUGCGUUAGAUGGAGAAGUGAGAGUUUACGAUUACCUUAAUGGUAAACUUAUAGCUAUAUUAAGUCGAGAAAGUUGUCCUUGUGGUAAUACAGAAUAUGGAGGGUUUUCAAUAGUCACCUCUUCUGCUGACGAAAAAGUACACGUAUGGCAUUUAGUUAGAAAUGUUAUGGAUUGUACAUGUAUGACAUUACGAGUAGAAAAUAAUUUGCAAAAUAAUGUUACAAAAGAUGCUCCCGUUGGACGCCUUCAACAAAAAGAUGUAGCCGAAUGGGAUGGUGUCGUCUCUUAUCAAUCGAAGUUUAUUGGAAGAGUUUACCAACCUGGCGGAACGGCAAUUGUAUUAUUAAGAGAAAAUGUUAUUGGAGCAAGGAAGGUUAAACAUUCAUUAGCAUCAAAACAUGGAAUACCAAGAUGUCAUGGAGCAGAAGGAGAAUGGGAAAUGUGGAUGUUGGAAAUUAAUGACCCAAAGGUUAUCGAACCCACUCAAGAAGAGCAAGACAACUCUGACAACGAAGUUGAUGUAGUUGAGUUAUUAGUGCGAACUAUUCCUUUAGUUAGUGAAUCAGAUUUAUUUACAGAACAACAACAAAAAAAGAAAAAAGAAGCACUUAAACGAAGAGAUAAAGAAAGUACUGGGGAAUUAACAGAAGAUACACAAGGUCAAGUAGUUGAUUAUCGACAAAAAAGUCAAAGAAGACGUGGUAGUGUAAUACACCGAGUAUAUCCAAAUAAUGUAAACAAUGAAAGACAGUUAUCAUUGUUAGACGAGGAAGAUGAAAUGAAUGAAAUUUUACCUUUUGUUCAUGUUAGACAAGUAGUUAAAAUUGGUGAUUAUGGUGUUGCGGCUGCAUAUGGUAAUUUCGUAAAAGUUGUUUUAUUUGAAGAAUCAGGUGAUUAUGAAAUAAGUGAUUAUGAAAUCGGUGAUUUAUAG